ACACAUGUGAUCUCAGAACUUGGAAUGCUGAGGCUGGAAGAUUAGGAGUUUAAGGCCAGCCUCUACUACAUAGUGAGUUAGAGACCAGCCUGUGCUAUCAGGGGGAAAAGAAGACACGGCACAGCCAGGCAUGGUGCACCUAUCUGUACUUCCAGCAUUUGGGAGGUUGAAGCAGGAGAGGCUGAAGCUCCUCCUCAUCAAGGUUGUCCUCAGGUCUAAGUUCAAGGGCAGCCUGGGCUAAACUGCUAACUUUUACAUUUUUAUAAUCUUUCUUAGAAUCCUCACAAGUUCUUUCCUGAUGAACGGUUUGGGGAUGAAAGUCCGCUCUUGACAAUGAGGCAGCCCGGGAGAUGUCGUGUCAACAGUACCCCUACUGCAGAAACCAUGUUUACAGACCUGGACUCUUUUGUGGCCUUCCAUCCACCUUUGCCCCCUCCUCCCCCUCCAUACCACCCUCCAGCUACUCCAAUCCAUAACCAGCUCAAGGCAGGCUGGAAACAAAGGCCUCCCAGUCAUCACCCUUCCCGUUCAUUUUCUUACCCCUGUAAUCACUCACUGUUUCACUCCAGAACAGCUCCUAAACCUGGCCCUCCCCCAGUCUAUUUGCCAGGUGUUAAAGUAGCACCUCCUGAUUGUACCAACACCACAGGCCUGGGGAGACAGACGGUUGCCGCUGCUGCUGCAGCUGCUGCCGCCUCAGCAGCAAUAAUAUCUGAGAAGCAAGUGUGUCCACAGCCUGUGCUGAAUGAUCUGAUGCCAGAUAUCGCCAUGGGGGUGUCUACACUGUCGCUCAAGGACAGGAGGCUCCCAGAGCUUGCUGCAAACACAGAAUUAUGCCAGACAGUUUCUGAAGCAGGACCAGGGCCUCCCCAGCAUCUCUCAUGUAUUCCACAGAGACAUACACACACGUCUCGGAAAAAACACACACUAGAGCAGAAACCAGACGGCAGAGAAAAUCAGCAGGAAUACCCAGAUCUCUAUGACUUCUCAAAUGCUGCUUGCAGACCUUCCACUCCUCCUGGCAGACGCACUCCUUCCCCUUCUCAUGGUAGAUAUUUUGGUCCAGACUUGUACAGCCACAAUAAGGCAUCACCAAAUGGCUUAAAGUCAGCUUACCUACCUGGUCAGACCUCUCCUAAAAAGCAGGAAGACACUAGGAAGGAAUAUCCACUUUCUCCUGACGGGCAUCUACACAAGCAGAAGAGUGAGCCAAUACGUCUGGAUGUUGUUGAGCAGCCUCCACAGAGGUCAGACUUUCCUUCAGCAGCCUCAGAAAAUGCUAGUAAUGGUCCAGCCCAUGUCAGGACAAGAACUGCAAUAGAAACUGACUUGACUUUUGGGCUGACACCUAACAGACCUCCUUCCCAUUCUGCAUGUAGCUCUGAAGUUCUCGAAGAGCGAGCCAGUAGAAGACUGACAGACAGUGAGUCCCUGGGCCGUGGAGCUCAGAGAAAUGCAGAUCUGGAAAGGGACGAUUCCAUUAGCAGAGGAAGGAGGUCGCCAAGCAAGCCAGACUUCCUCUACAAAAAGUCUGCCCUCUGAAGUAGCUUCCGAGUCUGUGCCUGAGAUGUGAAACAUCUUGUCUUAUGAUGUAACCCAACAACUUACUGACCGGUUUAUCGAUGCCAGCUCAGUUCCACGUUUUAUUCUAGCUUUUGUGUGUAUAUAUGUUUAUUAUACAUGGCAUGCUAAGAGGGUUGUUUUGAAUGCUGCAUCUGUCUUUUGUGUUUAACAGUUGUGUGGGGAACAUCUUAAAGAGCAAGCAAGCUGGCACUUUCUCUCCUUUACAGAUGACUAACUUUUUGCACUUGUACAUUUUAUUUGUAUUGAUUUUAUAACAGUGUGUUAAACUUUAUUGCUACAUUUAAAGGACUGUAUUUUCAUACUUUUUGCAUUUUACCUAUCAUUACCAGUUUCCAUGUGCAUUGAGUUGCACACUUAAGAUGUAUUUUCUUACAAAAUAGUUGUGUUUAUUUUUUAAUUAUAGAAAUUCCAAAGAACAGCACAUCAAACGCUCCUCUCUUUUUGGUGAUUGUUUCAGUUCAGAAUCUUCCUGCUCAGUCUCCAUAAAUCUGAUAUCUUUUUCUUUUUCUUUUUCUUUUUUUUUGGUAACUCUUGAAAGCCAGUCUUCAUUCCCCACAGCAGAAGUCCAGGUCUUGAUGUUUUUUGAUUCAGUAAAGAACAGGAAGGAAGGAAGCCUUGGUGUUCAGCAUAUGGCUGCUGUGUAAUUACAGUGUGGGUUUUGUUGGGACCCCUGUAGAUUCUGGAGUAGAGUUCCUCACUCACAUGGCUUGAGGAAAUUAGACUUUAGUAUUAGAAAACAGUAGAGCUGGGCUUGGUGUGGAUGUGCACAGUUAUAAUCUCAGCAUGUGGGAGGUGGAGACAGCCAAUCAGAAGUUCAUUUCAUUUUAGGCUACAUAGUAAAUUCAAGAUGAGGCUGGGUAUGUGAGCCCUGCCUCUAAAAACAAAAUGAAACAAAAAACAGUAUCGGAGAUGGUGAUGUCACACACAGCGCACACUGAUGGGGUGCCUGGCUCUGCAUGUGAUUCAUGAUACUGGGGGAAAUGACUGCCUUUGGUUGUCUUGCAUUUUGUGGGAAAAACAAAAACAAAAGGGCUUCAGUCUUAUGUAUGUCAUUUGGUAUUUGUAAUCAUACAUUUUUCUUAAUAUUGUCAAGUAUGUCUGGACUUUGGUGUCUUCUUCAAAGUUGUAUAAUGCAUAGUGCUUUAUCACCAAAAACUAUUUCAUUUUCAGUAAAACACUACGUGUCCUACUUGAACUCCACCGGAGACGCUGGUUUGGUAUUUACUGAAACACUGAGCACGUGGGUUCGUUCAUGAUCCCUUCUCUUGGAAGGGCAAUGUGUGAGCUAAGGACUGUUUUUGUUUUUUUGUUUUUUCUUACUUUCCAGUGUAAAUAUAUUAGUAUUUAAGUUUUUAAAUCACUUCAGCACCAUUUGAACAUUCAUUUUGUAUUUUUAUAAACACACAGCUGUAGCACCUAGAAGAAAAGAGACUUCCUGAACAUUGUGUAUGGAAAAAGUAUUUGGGAACUUCUUCUCUAUGUGUAUACAUAUAACUAGGAAUCACUUACACUCACUCAAAAACUAUGCAGGGCUAGGGAGCCUUCACAAGCUACCGGAGAAGUGAAUUGCACGCACUUUGAAGUAAAUAGAUUUCUAUUGGGUAUCAGCAACUCUGAUUUCUCCUGAAACUGUAGUUUCUCUUAGGAUCUUUUCCCACGUGACCCUGUGAAUAUACACUCAGGAAUGACCUGACGUUUAAACCAUCCUAACAGUAGAUGAUCUCAUAGAUGGGACCAUGCCCAUCUCUGUGUACCCCACAAUGGCUGCCACUGGUUCUGUUGCCUCGCUCGUUAGCUCAUGAAUCCAGGGACUGUGGCUGGCCCUGGUCAUGUGCAUCCUAAACUUGGAGGCCUGGACAGGGCAGCUAUAGAUCUGCCGCAAGGUGGGCUCACGUGACCUGUCAGGCUCUUCUUUUUCUUAAGGUAGAAAACCACAGGGCUCUGCUCAUCUUUAAAAGUUGUAUCUUUUGAAGCACAGUCUCAGGUUGCAGAAGCAAAAGCAAUUCCAUUCUGCUCCUGCCUGUUUGUGGGACCUGGUUGUUUGAUGUGGUUUGAGAUGGUUCCAGAUCAGACUGUAUUGUGCAGGUGCUGCAAAGAAGCAAGUACAUCACAGCUUUCUCACCUUUGACAGGCUUUGUUUUUUUUUAACAUUUUAGGACCAUCGAUCUCACACUUUUUAUUUUUUCUGAAAAUUCAUUAAAUGUACUCUCUAAUCCACAUAAUGUAAUUAUAAAAGUAAAUGGACACUGUUUGUAGUCUUAUUUAAUUUAUAAGGUUUGUUUUUAGUGACUUAGUAGGUUAACUGGCCAAACUGUGUGUAUCGAGGGAAAUCUUGCUUUAAUCUGUGGGAUUGUGGACUGGUGUGACUUGCAGAAGAUAAACAGGUGUGGUGUUGUGUGUGAUAGGAUAGGUGUUCGUGGGAAGCUAGACUGUGUGCCUCUGUGAACCAUCUAUGAAGUUUCUUAAUGCUGUACUUAAAAUGUGAAAUGUGAAUAGGGUUGGUCUCAUAAAAGAAGGUAUAUAUGUAUAAUAUAAACCAAAUCACAAAAAUCCCAGAUCUCCUUUUGAGGCCAGGGACAAUCAGGCCGUUUGGACAAUCACCAUUCCAGUCCCACUGAGUGCUGAGGCUGGAGAACCACCACUUAGGUUCUCAAGACGCUGUUGAUCCUUUUCUUGUAUUUUUGUUUUAGUUUUGUAAUUUUGAAAAAUAACUUACAUUUAAAGUUGCCUAUGGCUCAUAAGGAGAAAAAAAAUAAAACCAUUCAAAACAUAGAUCCUUAAAUUUCCAUGGACCGUCUCCCUUUUACAUUCCUCCAUUGACUUUGUUCUUCAGUGCGGGCCUGAGCUAGCCUAGCAUUUCAGUAACCUGUUGGGCUUUUAGGUCUUAUAGUGUUAAAUAUAUGACUUCUGUACCUCUUCUGUAACUCAACCUAAUUCCUGAUUUUGCUUUCUCAUUGGCUGUUGUGUUUGGUUUCAGGUUUUCUAUUAACAUUUGUCAUCCUUUAUUGCAUUUCCUUUCAUUGUUUGUUGACGUUGAUAGCGAUGGGUACAGCUCUUACACAUUUGAAACUGAUGCUACAGAAGUAAUGAGAGCUGAUGAAUGCCAUGUGGGCCAGCUGGGCCGAAGCUGGCCUCAGGUGCAUUCUCUACAACAAGGAGAUAUGUAUUCAUAAUACUUGCCUUUUAAGGGAAAAAAAGCUUUUCGUGAAAUUUGCAUAAGACCAUUGUUUUGCAAUGAUUUCCAUUAGGGCUGAGUUAAUCUCUUUGUAGUCAAAACUAUUAAUGCCGCAGUGAUGGGUGCUAUCCCUGGGUCUGCAGCCAUUCACAAAGUCUACCAUGUAGUUACUUUCAAGCCUCAUUCAGAUAAUCUUGCUAAGAGCUAGCUGUUCUGCACGCCCUGCAGGUGUUUUACUAUCCUCUAUAAACACUGCUUUGAACAGUGCUCUGUAAAAUAGAAGUUCUUUUGUCCCAACAGUUGUACUAGCUGUCAUGUGCUUAUUGUCUGGGCAAGUCUUUUGAUUUUGUUUUCCUUAAAAAUCAGAUCCAUGACCAUACCAAUCCUCUGUAUUCAGAAUAUUAUAAUGCUGCGGACAUUUUUAUAGAACGACUGCAAGUUUGUGUCCUGGAAAUAUCUUCUACUUGUGUGUUUCUGUGAGCUCUGAGAUCAGAUGUGUUCUGGAAGAGUCCUCAGGUAUGCCUGCAGAUGACUGUCUGGGUUAUCUGGGUAGACGCUAGGGCAUUCUGCUCUCAGAUAAGGCAAUUGAAAACCCUGAUGUUCCGAGCUCCCUUGCCGUCCGUGUAUGCGCCACAGCUGGCCUCCACCACUUCGUUUCUUGUGGUUGUGCUGUUAAUGGUAAAGUCAAGUGCCUUCAAUGCUAAAGGCUCAGAAAUCUUUCUUAAACUGAUUUCAUGUCCUAUGCAAGUGUUUUUACAACCUGCAUAACCAGUACUUUGUAAAACUUGUUUACGCUUCAAUUGUACAUAGUGUUUUUUAAAGAAAUAUAUAGUAUUUUUAUUUAGGUACCUCCAAACUUGAAUUCGUCUGUGUGAAACAUUGUAAACGAUACAUUUCUCUUUUGAGUACCAUCACAGUUGUACAGAGGUUUUCACUGGUUCUAUUUUUCUACUGUUACUGAUAAGCAUGUAACACCAACUUUAUCCUACAUAUAGUUGGCAUUUCAAAUAAAUGGCUUGUAUAGAA